CGAAAACAGCCAUAAAAGAAAGCGAGCUCGCAGUCGCAGCGGGUCGACCGGGAGAAGAGAAGAAGAGCUACUCCUGCUCCCACACUCCCAGCCGAGCUCACGCACGCACACGCGCACACGCGCGAGCAGGAGCUCCGGCAAGAUCCAAAAUUGUCCCAAGCCCGCGCGCGUCGGGGCCGGGCGCAAAGGGAUCAUCGGAUGGCGGUGUUCGCAGGGGCACGGGCACGGCCGCUGCUGGUGCUGGGCGCCCUGCUGCUGUCUGCGCUCCUGGUGCUCACGGUCACGGCCGCCGACAGCCAGAACAACCCUGCCGACCAGCUCGUUGCACUGAUCAACAGCAACCGUACCGCCAGCAAGUCCGCUUCCGUUUCUGACAACCAAGGCUUGGGAUGCAUCGCUCUGCAGUACAUCAAAGCGUACGAAGGUCACUGUGACCAGGUGGACGACAAGAAGCCGAUGGAGUCGAGUUUCACGGACACGUUCGCCCCGACCUGUGGCGUCCAGGCCGCGACUCUUUCCAGGAUCACCGGCAGGCUUGUGGCCUGCCAGUCCAAGUACGCGACCCCAGCCGAGGCCCUCGGCAUCCUGGUGAACGGCGCCAAGAAGGGCCUUCAAACGUUGCACGGCAAGAACCACACGGAGGUCGGGGCGGCCGUGAGCGGCACCGACGGUGGUGGACCUUACUUCUGGUGCGUCCUGUUCAGUGACGGCAAGCCUGCUGCCAGCUUCGAGGUGGUGGAUGGCGAAGUGCCCAAGGCGGCCAUCCACCCGGGGUGCUUCAGCGGCAGCAAUGACGACUGCAUGGGGCCGGCGAAUGGCGGCGGUGCCGUUUCGACCAACGCUGGUGCGUCGAGGCUUGUGGCGGCCCUUCUUUUGGCUGUAGCAUGUGCCUUUACUUUGUGAUCGAGCUUGUAAGUAGGUUGAAUUGUGAUGUUUUCCACCGUGAUUUUACUUUGCGAGAUGGAGCUGAACGCCAUCUCCUGUUUGCAGUGGCACGCCAUUCUUUUGCUUCUUUGAGCAUAUGAAUAAUGUAUGCAAGGAUUUAUAGAUCAUUGUUCAGCACUUGAGACUGUCUGUUACCUGUUCAGAGAGUUCAUCGUAGUAAUUUUGUGCACUCUUUUUGGAAGUUUGAUGUGACUGUAAGAGCUAUUUGAGCAAAGCUGAUCGUUCCUGA